AUGACGUCCACUAUGACUGAGACCGCGUCUGUCAGCACGACUCACGGCAUGGGUAUCGAUAUCCAAUCGACUAAGAAGACCGUUGAAGGCCACACCAUGACUGGCACAGUUUACUUCGAGAAUAAGAAGAUUUGGGGACCCAAGUCAUGCCACGACAACUCGGUCGACAUUCAAAGGGCCUUCAAGAGGGCAGAUCCCCGCUUCGAGAUGGCUCUUGAGAGAAAGUCUCAUUCGGUUGAAGGACACACGCGCGCGCUCACCAUCAAGUCUAACGGCAAUACCAUUCUGAACGGUCACUCCGUCCACGACAACAUGGACGACAUGGUUGCCACUAUUAAGGGCAUCCUACUCGUCAGCCCUACACCCUAA